AUGCUGCAGUGGGUCGGCAGCUCAGGUUGUGAUGGCUUCCUGGUCUUGUCAUCGAACGUACGUUCGAGCAGAGUCCCAACAACCGGCGAGGCAGAGGCCACUGGUGGCAUCGCGACGGCGAAGUAUCAAGGCGGCCGCUCGAGAACUGUCUGCACGGCCGCAGCGAUCAUGGCUAUCGACACACCAUGGAAGAAGAUAGGCGCCGGGAAGAAGGAGAAAGCUGGGAAGAAGCGAGGUGCCGAGAACAGCAGAGGCGUGAGGACGAGCAGAGGCGUGAAGACCUACGGAGGCGUCGGGACCAGCAACUGCAAGAAGAGCAGGAAGUGCAUCGGGAAUACCGAAGGCAACAUCGCCAGGAAAAUGAAUGGCAUAGGGAACAAGGCUCGACUCAAGCAUACUUUGAAAAUCAGAGGCAAGGGUACCAGGGGCAGUCCCGACAUCAUGGCCAUCGAGGCCCUCACGAGCACCACGGCCAUUCCAACCAGCAUCCCCACGAACCACCCAACCGGGAGACUCAGCUGGUAUCGUACGUAG